CCUUUAGCAUCGGAAAAGGCUAAGGCAGAUGCCGAAUUCUACCGCGCCCAAAGGGAGGCUGAGGCUAACCGUCUCUUACUAACGCCUCAAUAUCUGGAGCUCAAACGUAUCGAAGCUGUAGCAAAAAAUAACAAAAUCUUCUAUGGUCAAGACAUUCCAAGUGCUUUCUUCCACUCAGAAACUGAAGCUGCACAACAUGUUGCGAGUGCUCAUCGGGCUGAUGCUCACUGA